AUGCAGGCCCUGUCGUGCGCCGCCGGGGCUCAUCCCGCGCUGCCGCGCCGUCUCUGGGCCUGCGGGGCGCCGCCCCCUGGGGCCACCCCCAGCUUCUCCCUCCCGAGGCGCCUUGUCUCCGCACGCUUCACCAAGUUGCAGGCUCUCUCCUGCGCUCCGCCUGCUCAACUCGCUCGCCCAUUCGUGCCGGAGGUGAGCGCCGCUACCAGAGAGCUCCCUUCUCUUUCAUCAAGGAGAAAUCCCCCGAGCUUCUGCCCCUGUUUUUGGCUGCCCUGCUCGAAUCCGCUCCCAAUUGGGUUCUCCGUCAGGUGGAGGCGGCGGCGGAUUCUCUGCAUUCGGAGUUCAGGGCAGUCGACAACCUGGUGGCGCACAACACCACUCGCGUCCUCAGGGCCUUCCAGAACGCCCGAGUAGGGUCUCACGUAAGCCAGCAACCCUGCCGAAGUCCUCUGAUCUUCUUUACUUCGCCGAAUUCUCCUCCAGAGAUCCAUAUUUCGGUGGGAUUGAAGCCUUUUGACUAGAUGCUGCAACUGAUCUGCUGCGUUCUUCCGGGUCAGCAUUUUGGCGGCUCCACUGGGUACGGCCACGAUGAGGGGGCGGGCCGCGAAGCUUUGGACAAAGUCUUCGCCGAGAUUGUCGGCGCCGAGUCGGCCAUUGUUCGAUCGCAGGUCCUCCGAUCGAUCUCCAUUUCGUAUCAUUUCCACGCCGAUCGAAAGCAGCGGUGACUGAUCGAUCUCCCGGGCGUUUGAAUCGCAGUUUUUCUCCGGCACCCACGCCAUCACCUGCGCGCUAUUCGCCUUCCUCCGACCUGGAGAUGAAGUGAGUCAGUUUUUUCUCCACAAAUUUAUGCAGCCAGCAGAGAAAAUCAUAUGCAUCUCCUCACGAGUGAUUCGUUCAUCAUCAUUUCGUGAUUUCUGGGUUCUGCUGAAUCUCGCACCAGCUCUUGGCAGUCGCUGGAGCUCCCUACGACACGCUGGAAGAGGUGAUUGGAAUCAGAAAUCCCUUCGGCAAUGGAUCCUUGAGAGACUUUGGAGUGGAAUACCGACAAGUCCAUGUGAGCCAUCCGCUCUCAAAGAACUUUGCUUUUCUUUUAGGCUGUAGACUUUUAUCAUCAUCAGUAAUCAGCUGCUUCUCAGCUCGCGGAAGAUGGUAGCCUGGAUUGGGAUGCUCUCUCGGGUUCACUGAGACCCCAGACGAAGUGUGCCCUCAUACAGAGAUCGUGCGGAUAUUCAUGGCGCCGGAGCUUGAGUGUGGCAGAAAUAGAGAGGGCUAUCAGAAUGAUAAAGGCAAUGUCCAUGGCAUCUACUCUUAUACGGUUUAUCUUAUGUUAAGUAUGUGGAUGGGAUGCUAUGAGUUGGGUAAUCUCCACUAUUCAUGGCAAAACUUCAUCUUUGUUCUUGAAGAAAAGAUGAAUGAGAAUAGAAAUGGAGCCCAUUUAAUUAAUGAAAAAGGCCUUCUUAUGGGUUUUUUGUUGAACUUGCGUCAGCAGAUGCAGAAUCCAGACUGCUUGGUCAUGGUUGAUAAUUGCUACGGGGAAUUUGUGGAAACAGUGGAGCCUCCUUCGGUGGUAUGCAAGAUGAACCGAAUGCAAUUUCCUCCUCUGAGAGGCGCAAAAUGACGGUGGGCGAUUGGUUUUUCUCAUCACAGGGAGCAGAUUUAAUUGCAGGGAGCUUGAUAAAGAAUCCAGGAGGAACAAUCGCUCCUUGUGGUGGGUAUGUCGCCGGGAGGAAGAGAUGGGUUGAGGCCGCUGCUGCCCGCCUCUCAGCCCCUGGGCUGGGUAUCGACUGUGGAUCAACGCCCGGCGGGGUGAUGAGGGCAUUCUUCCAGGGGCUGUUCCUUGCGCCUCAAAUGGUUGGAGAAGCGGUCAAGGUGGUCUUCUCGCCCAUCUCAGAAGCUCUAUAAUUGCAGGUGCCUCCUCCAUUCUUGGCUGACUGUUGUUCUCAAUUUCUCCUCUCAGGGAAGCCUUCUAAUUGCGGAAGUGAUGUCAUCCAGAGGAUUCAAGGUCCAACCAGCUCCACGCGUUCCCCGCCAUGACACGGUGCAGGUGAAACCCAACUUGCACGCAUAUCUUUGUUGAUUUCAUCUGCCUACCAAAGGAAAUGUGGAAAAUAUUAAAGGAGGAGGUACCCAGUAAUGUAGAAAUCAGUUGAAUUGUUGUAUGUUGGAGCUGCAUUUCAUUUCAGGCAGUGCAACUUGGGGAUCGGGAGCGUCUCCUAGCCUUCUGUGAAGCUGUGCAGAGGAGCGGCCCAGUUGGUUCCUUCAUCAAACCCGUUGCUGGAUCGACUGCUGGAUAUGCAUCAGAGGUUUGGGGCAGAAGCCAUGUUUGAAUCAUUCACAUGCUAUAUAUAUGGUUAUGUAACUGCUGUAGAAAUAAAAGUAGUUGAAAAUCAUAUUUGCAUGGGUGUGGGUUUGGUUUAGAUCUCGCUUUCUGAAACGAAAGUUCCUUAAAAUGUACCUUGACAAAAUAAAAUAAUUUUUCUUCUUAUCUGAUGAGCUACAUUGAGAUGUGGUCUGCUUCAUCCCUUCGGCUAGCCAGCAGAAGUUGAGUUUCUAGAAUCACCAUUUAUGAUUCUGUGGGUAGAUAUUGGUUUUCUAAAAUUCAUAAUUUGUUUCCAGCAUUCUCUAAGCGCCUGAUCGUGUAAAUUUUCAGCAUAGAAUGAUUGAAUUCCAUAGUUUUUCUAACCUUUUGUUCUUGAUAUCAUUUUUAAGCCCUUUUUCAUACGGAUAACGUAAGUCAUUUUUAAUACAUAAUGAUUUUAUUCGAAACAAUGAAGAUCGAGCUGAAAAACAGUAUAGAGCCACGGUGUUCUUACAACAUCAUGCUUCUUUCUUUAGUCUUCUGUAAUAGUGUCCCACGGUGUUUAAGAUACUCAAAAUAAGGCAUCAACAAAACCAUGGAGAACAUGCCACCAAUCCCUAGGCCCAAGAUAUCAGGUUCAUUAUUGAAUCGUCAAUGAAAUCUUCCCUGAAACCAGUAAAGUCGGCAUGAGAAUCAUAUUUCACUGGAAGGUGGACUUGUAAAUUGAUGUGAAGCAGAUUUUGAUGGCUUUUAGAUGGAUCACACGGUUGUUUUAUCACUGAAACAGGUCAUAUUUGCCCAUGGAACCUUCAUUGAUGGGAGCACAAGUGAACUGUCAUGCGAUGGACCGCUGAGGGAUCCAUUCGCAGUCUUUUGUCAGGUAUCUCCCAGUUUCAUAUCUGUUCAUUGAAACAACUUACAUGAAAUAUUCUCGAUAUUCUAAUGUUAGCAUGGAAAUGGACUGUCGUAUAAUGCUGAAGAGCUGGCAAGAGUAUUUUGUGAGCGAGAAAUAACUUGCUGUCUUUUUCGGUUCUUUUACUCUUUUCCAUGCAGGGUGGCACCCAUUGGACUCAGUGGGCGCUUGUUCUAGGAGAGGUUUUAAACUCUAUUUAA